AUUUUAGAAAAUCGUACUAAAAUUAUUUCAAAUAAUAAUGUGUUUGGUUUACUUCAAAAUAAAGAGUUUUUUUUAAAGUACCGUCAAAUAGCAUCUAUCCUUAAACCAGUAAAAGAAUUAACAAAUAUUCUUGAAGCUCGCAAUGCAAAUUUAGCAGAAUGUUUUAUUGGUUUAACAAGACUUGCAACUAGUAUUAAUAGAAUAAAGUCGGGAAAUCAGUGA